GACGUCAAAAUAUUUUUUUUUCUCGCACGAGUUCCCCUUUGACAUUAUUUUUAACCUCACCUAUCUCAUUUAUGACGUGAUUAAUAUUAAUAUUUCAUAAUAUGUGCGAAUACAUAUGUCAUUCGUUAUAAUCUUCAAUAUCGAAUCAAUGAUGUUAAUAAAUUUUCGUCCCGUAAUUCUUGGCAACAGAAAAGAAACAAAUUUUACCAUAAAUCCAUGAAAAAAAUUGGAUAAAAGUCCUAUUAUCAGCGAACACCAACGCAAAUAACGAUGAGGAACAAUGAGAAAAAUUGUUUACGUGUGUUGCUUAACUGUUAUUGCAAUCGUAUCGUUAUCAAUCUACAAGUAUGAGAUUGCUCUAUACUCGCUUGACACUUGAGACUCGAUUGUGUCUGAUGAAAAGGACGUCAAUCGCGAUAUUAUUUCACGUUACGAAAACAUUCAAAGGACGAUCGUCAAAGAACACGAUCGUUUUUUUUCCUGGAUCUCGAUACAGCACGCAUCACGGACGAUUGGACGUAUCGAAAAUCGCAAUGGCCAAACAAAUUUUUAAAGGUUGUGAUGAUCAAUACAACGGUAUCACGAUCGAUUCGAUCGAGGAGGCUUGCGACAGUAAAAUAUUCGCUGAGCGCCUCAAAGAUUCUCUAGAGCAAUGGACUAAGGAUAAAAAACGCACUAUAUGGUUUCGCGUACAUAUACCAAACACAGAAUGGAUUCCAAUAUUAACAGGACAGGGAUUUACCUUUCAUCAUGCAAAAGAAGGAUAUGUCAUGCUAUAUCGUUGGCUGCCCAACGAUGAAGUGUGCAAUAUUCCAAAAUAUGCUCAUACAUUCUUAGGUGUUGGUGCAUUUGUAUUCAAUAAAGAUACUAAUGAAGUUCUUGUUAUUAAAGAGAAAUAUGCUCCCAAUAGAGCCUGGAAGCUUCCAGGUGGUUAUGUAGAGCCAGGAGAAAACAUUGAAGUAGCGGCUAAAAGAGAAGUUUUUGAAGAAACGGGAAUUCAGACAGACUUCAAGUGUCUUGUAUGUUUUAGACAUGGACAUGAUUACUUAUUUGGAUGCUCGGAUAUAUACAUGAUUGCAUAUCUAAUUCCUCAGGAUUUUCAGAUUCAAAAAUGUAAAUGGGAAAUUUUAGAAUGCAAUUGGAUGAAGUUGACUGAAUUCAUGCAGCAUCCAGAAGUACAUGCAAAUAAUAAAUAUCUAAUGAAAAAAAUCAUAGACUUUUUGCAGCAUGAAAUGGGCAUGGUUGCAAAUUAUGAGGUACACCCUAUUACCAAAAAGCAGAUAUGUGUGUAUGGUAUAGAAAACACAGAUGUUGGAACAUUUAUAGAAUAAAUCAUUUCUUAUACAGGAAAGAGGGAUAUAUUUAUAUAUAUAAAAUGAAAUAGAAAUGUUAAUAACAAUGAUGCAUAUAAAGAAGUAUUGUAUACUGCCAUAUGCAAACGUACAAAAUAAUAAUUUUAGAUAACAGCUAAAUAAUAUUGUUGUAUAUAAUAUUGUUAUAAAUAAUGUUAUAAAUUAAUGACGAGAUUUUUUUCAUUAAU